AUGGCUCAGCCAAGAGCAUCGACCGACGAGGAGAACGCUCCUCUCCUCGAUAAUCCCAACUCCACCCCCUCUUCUUCAUCCCAAUCACCACUCAAAGCAAUCUUCUCUCCUUCACGACCCCUAACGCUGCUCGAAAAAUUCUUGGGUGGCUUAGCCGUUCUGUUACUGUUGUUAGCUAGUAUAUUCAUAGGUUUAUUCGCUGGUGCAGAAGGUUUGUUGAAAAAGGAAAAAGGUAAACAUGGACAUGGGGGAGAAGGACAUGGAGGAUGGAAGACUGAAUAUGUAACUUCUACUGCUACGACUACUCGAUAUGGUACCACGACUGUUGUGAAUCCCGCUCCUGGACCUACUGGUAGCCCCGAUCAUAAAAUAUGCCUAUCACCCGAAUGCGUCAUCUUAUCUUCAUCGGUUCUUCAAUCGCUCAAUCAAAGUGUAGAUCCCUGUGAAGAUUUCUACGAAUUCGCCACGGGUGGUUGGGCAGCUUCGCACUCUAUCCCUGCUGAUCGAGGAUUAUACGGAGCUUUCAACGAGGUUAACGAUAAUAACAAGAAAAUCUUAAUCAAAGUACUCGAUUCUAUUUCGUCGGACAAACCUUCCAAAGACGCUAGUGCGGAUGAACAGAAUUUGGCAAAAUUGAAAGCUGUUUAUAACAGUUGUAUUGAUAUCGAACACCUCAACGAUGUCGGUAGAAAACCAAUAAUUGACCUUGUCGAUCACAUCAUUGAUAUCUUCGGUGAAUUCGAUGUGGAUUCCUUGUCAUCGUCUUCCGAUCUUCUCGAUAAAUCACCCGAAUCCGAAUGGAAAGGGACGUAUGACGAGUCAUACACUGUUCCAGCCGAUCUGGCUGUCUCUGCCGAGGAGUUCGAGCAACUUAGAAAAGCUAAGAAGAGCGGUGGAGUGAAGUGGGAUGCUCCUUCCUCCCGAUCUCAAAGUGUACAAGAUUUCUACGAAUACCGACCAAACGAGGAGAGGGAAGAGAGGAUCACAAAGGCGCUUGCAUGGCUCCAUUCAAGAGGUGUCCAAGGCCUCGUCAAUUUCGAGAUUGAGGGUGAUGCAGGUGGCGAAGAUUCUCAAGUCCAGAGCUUAUGGUUAUAUCAAGCAUUUGGCGGUCUCCCUUCCAAGGAAUACUACGAAGAGAAACCUAUUCUCGAUCUGUACACAUCGGUCGUUGCUGGAAUCCUCACUGAUAUUGCUGAGCAUACUUCUGUUCGACAAAAGAAGGACAAACGCGAUUUAAUUUCGGACCUUGAAGAAGCAAUUGAACUAGGACAGGAGGAUGCUAAAGGCUUACUGGAACAACUGUUCGAUAUUGCCGAUGCCGAAAUCGAAGAGGACAAUUGGCCUUGGCCAUGGCCUGGAACUGAUGGAAAAGACUCCAGUGGUGGUGAUGGGGAACAUGACGGAGGUAGAGCAUCAAAGGAACCAACGGACGAACGAAUGGAAAAGCUUGCUGCUAAGGUCGUUCAUUUCGAAAGAGAACUUAUGAGAGCAGGUGCCGAUCCUGAAUAUCUGUUCAACCCUCAUUUCGCUUACAAUCCAUAUUCGACUAAGACCGUAGGCAAGCUCCUACCUUUCCUCGAUAUCCCAACGUAUCUGUCUACCUUCUCUCCCAGAACUUUCCCAGUCAACAUCACUGUCACUCAUCCACCAUACCUCAAGAGCGUCACCAAUUUGAUCGACAAGACCCCCGAUCAUGUACUUUCUGGAUACUUCGUCACUAGACUCGCUCUUACCUAUGCUAGUGCUUUAGGACCUAAAGUAACCAUUCGUCAGGAGAAGAAGAGACUUGAUGAUGUAUUGAAAGGUAUCAAAAAGGGAACAGAAGAGAACCGACAGGAUGUAUGUUUGAAUUGGGUAGAUGAGAUUGUCGGUUUCAUUGCUGGAAGGGAAUUCGUCAGAGAAGCUUUCUCCCCUGAAGCCAAAGCUGAAGGUGAACAUAUCAUCAGAUCAAUUGUUAAGGCGUUCCAUGAGAAACUCCCUCAUAUCCCAUGGAUGGAUUCCGAAUCUGCCAAAGCUGCCCAAAAGAAAGCAGAAGCUAUUAUUCCUAAAGUCGGAUACCCUCUCUAUCCCAAUACUACCAAUCCCGAAAGUUUGCAAAGUUGGUAUGGAAGAUUGGAUAUCAAAGAGAACGAUUUCUUCGGUAAUGUGCUUGGAUCAACUCUUUUGGAGGAAAGUAGGACUUGGUUGGGCCUGGGCAGAAAGAGGAACAGGGAUUCUUGGGAGAUGUACCCACAAACUGUUAAUGCGUACUACUCCCCUCCUGACGGCGAGAUUGUCUUCCCAGCUGGUAUACUCCAACCUCCAUUCUACUCCCAAGCUUGGCCCGCUCAUCUCCGAUAUGGCGCUUUCGGGGCGGUCGCCGCACACGAAUUGACCCACGCGUUCGACAAUUCUGGAAGUCAAUAUGAUGAAAAAGGUCGAUUGAGAGAUUGGUGGACCAAGCAGACCGUGAAAGAUUUCGAAGAAAGAGCCCAAUGCGUUGCUAAGCAGUACUCGAAGUAUUACGUCCACGAUGCUGAGGGUAACAAGGUGUAUGUUAAUGGUAAUCUUACUAAUGGAGAAGACAUCGCCGACUCGGGCUUAGCUCAAGCAUUCAUAGCAUGGCAAGACUCCGUCUCCAAAUCCAAUAACUCAGAGAGAUUACCAGGCCUCGAUUUCUCAGAUGAACAACUAUUCUUCCUUGCCUUCGCGAGAGUAUGGGCACAACUCACUCGACCUGCCACUGCUGUUUCGCGAGUGAGAACCGAUCCCCACUCUCCACCUUACUGGAGAGCUACUGGAACGUUGAAGAAUUUGGAUGCGUUCCACAAGGCUUUUGGAUGCAAGGCUGGAAGUCCAAUGAACCCUCCUAAGAAGGAGCAGUGUGAAUUGUGGUAG